AUAUAGAGUUACUGACAAAUCAGAGGCACCAACGCUCUCUCCUCACUCCUCUUCUUUCUCUCUUCUGUCUCUCUUCCAUUCCGUUCCACAAUCAAUCAAUCAAACAAAAGUGAAAGCAUUAAGCAUUCCGUCAGUACCCUCUUCCCAUUCCAGAAAACACAACCACCACCAAUUAAAGUCGAGAUGGGUUUUGCAAGGAAAGAGUAUGAGUUUUUGAGUGAGAUCGGGCUGAGCUCUCGCAAUUUGGGUUGUUAUGUAGAUGGCACGUGGAAAGCAAAUGGCCCUGUGGUCACCAGUGUGAAUCCUGCAAACAAUCAGGCUAUAGCUGAAGUUGUGGAGGGUUCCAUUGAAGAUUAUGAGGAAGGCAUGCGAGCUUGCAGUGAAGCUGCUAAGAUAUGGAUGCAGGUUCCUGCUCCAAAGAGAGGUGAGAUUGUCAGACAGAUUGGGGAUGCAUUGAGAACUAAACUUCAGCAGCUUGGUCGCCUUGUCUCACUCGAGAUGGGAAAAAUACUCCCUGAAGGAAUAGGGGAAGUUCAAGAAAUAAUUGAUAUGUGUGAUUUUUCUGUGGGCUUAAGUAGACAACUGAAUGGAUCAGUGAUACCUUCAGAACGUCCAAAUCAUGCAAUGUUGGAGAUGUGGAAUCCUCUUGGAAUCGUUGGUGUGAUUACAGCUUUCAACUUCCCAUGCGCUGUUCUUGGAUGGAAUGCUUGCAUUGCACUAGUCUGUGGCAAUUGUGUUGUCUGGAAAGGUGCACCGACAACUCCUUUGAUUACCAUUGCAAUGACAAGGCUAGUAGCUGGGGUGUUAGAGAAGAAUAACUUGCCUCCUGCAAUUUUUACUUCUUUUUGUGGUGGUGCUGAUAUUGGUCAAGCAGUAGCAAAAGAUACACGAAUUCCUCUGGUUUCUUUCACUGGCAGUUCAAAGGUGGGUCUAAUGGUCCAACAGAUAGUUAAUCAGAGAUUUGGUAAAUGCUUGCUUGAGUUAAGUGGGAAUAAUGCUAUAAUAGUCAUGGAUGAUGCUAACAUCCAGCUAGCUGUUCGUUCUGUUAUGUUUGCUGCUGUUGGGACAGCUGGUCAGCGUUGCACAACAUGCCGCAGGCUGCUUCUACAUGAGAACAUAUAUCAGAGAGUACUUGAUCAACUACUUGAUGUGUACAAGCAAGUUAAAAUUGGGGAUCCAUUGGAAAAAGGCACCUUGCUCGGGCCACUGCAUACUUCUGAAUCAAGAAAGAGCUUUGAAAAGGGAAUAGAGAUAAUUAAGUCCCAGGCAUGUAAGAUCAUAACAGGCGGUUCUGUGAUUGAAUCUGAGGGGAAUUUUGUGCAGCCCACAAUAGUUGAGAUUUCUCCAAAUGCAGACGUUGUUAAAGAAGAGUUAUUUGCUCCUGUUCUUUACGUUAUGAAAUUUCAGACUUUACAAGAAGCAAUUGAAAUAAACAAUUCAGUUCCUCAAGGAUUAAGUAGUUCUAUUUUCACCCGCCAACCUGGAGUUAUCUUCAAGUGGAUUGGGCCUCAAGGAAGUGAUUGUGGUAUUGUGAAUGUAAAUAUACCAACAAAUGGUGCUGAAAUUGGUGGUGCUUUUGGUGGAGAAAAGGCUACAGGGGGUGGCCGUGAAGCAGGAAGUGAUUCUUGGAAGCAAUACAUGAGACGCUCAACUUGUACGAUCAAUUAUGGCAAUGAGUUACCACUGGCACAAGGAAUCAAUUUUGGGUAGACACGCAUCCAGGUUUAAGAGCUGUUCUCCUCCCCUCUGGGUCUGUCAUCAUUUGCUGGCCUGAAAUGUUCUAGCAGAGCAUUGGUGAAAGACCUUCCUGUUUACAAACAGCCGUUCUCUGGAUUAAUGAUAUUUACCGACAACCCAAAAUAAAAAAGUUGGCUCUCAAAGAAUAAAGAAAAUUGAUGUUUCAUUAUAGCCAUUCCUUGGUUGUAAUUGUAUAAUACAAUUUAUACUUUCUCUGGACAGCUUGAAUUAAUGUUCUGUACAGUUAAGGUCUGCAUUUCUAUAAUAAUUCUCAAUCUCCUUGUGCUUUACGAUUAAAA